CGGGGCCGGGAGCGGCAGGAGGGGCCCGGAGCGGGGAGGAAGGGGGAAUAAGGGGCGGGGCUGUGGAGAACCCCGCCCCCAAUGGGGGGACAGCGCCGCUUCCCAGCCCCGCUCGCGCCGCGCUCCAACGGCCGCAACCGCCAGGUGUCUCUUUCCCCCUCCCCCCGCCUGGCGCCUCGCGGGUUGCGUCACUUCCGGACCAGCUGCGGCGGGGAGCUCCGGGCCCGCGAAAGAGCCGGCUACAGAAUAACGUCCACGUUUCGCUCCAGAUCAUCCCGUCCUCCCAGGGGGAAGGAAAUGGCUGCAAUGGAGCUGGCUCAGGGUUUCCAGUUUCCAAACCUGAUGUGAUCUCGCAGGUGGAACGAGGGGAAGAGCUGUGGAUCAUGGACCUCCAGGGCUCUAAGAAAGAAGAGCUCCCGAGAGGGAAUGACCUAUGUCUGGAUUCUCUGUGUCUCCUGUCAGGUGAUGGGAUAGUGAGUGAAAAUGAGGACAAAAAACCCCAGCAGGAAGAUGCUGAGCAAGUAGAACCACAUGGAACAUUAUCAGGAAGAUCCAAAGGGCAUGUUUCCGGGAGUUGUGAACUCCCAGAAAAAGCAAAAGCCUGGGAGAGUCAGCACAGGUUAGAGGAAAACUUCAGUAACCCCUCAAACCUUAUUGGAAAUGAGAGAAUCAACUUGGAAGAGACACACUAUGCAUGCCAUGAGUGUGGGAAAAGCUUCAAUGGGAAUGCUGCCCUUAUCACACAUCACACAAUCCACACAGGUGAGAAACCUUAUGGAUGCUCUGAGUGUGGGAAACACUUCAUUGAUAGUUCAACCCUCAUCUCACAUAGGCAAAUCCACACAGGAGAAGCGCCCCACAUAUGCUCUGAGUGCGGGAAACGCUUCAAUCAGAGCUCUGCCCUGAGCACACAUCAAAGAAUCCACACAGGGAACACGCCCUACACAUGCUCUGAGUGUGGGAAAAGCUUCAGUCGGAGCUCACACCUUAUCAGACAUCAGAGAAUCCACACAGGAGAGAUGCCCUACACAUGCUCUGAGUGCGGAAAAAGCUUCAGUCAGAGCUCUGCCCUUAUCACACAUCAGAGAAUCCACACAGGGGACAAGCCCUACACAUGCUCUGAGUGUGGGAAAAGCUUCAGUCGGAGCUCUGCCCUUAUCACUCAUCAGAGAAUCCACACAGGGGACAUGCCCUACACAUGUUCUGAGUGCGGGAAAAAUUUCAGUCGGAGCUCUACCCUUAUCACCCAUCAGAGAAUCCACACAGGAGAGAGGCCCUACACAUGCUCCGAGUGUGGGAAAAGCUUCAAUCGAAGCUCAAACCUUAUCAUACAUCAGAGAAUCCACACUGGAGAGAAGCCCUACACAUGCUCUGAGUGCGGGAAAAGCUUCAGUCAGAGCUCUGCCCUGAGCGCACAUAGGAGAAUCCACACUGGUGAAAAACCAUAUGGAUGCUCUGAGUGCGGGAGAAGCUUCAGUCACAGCUCUGCCCUGAGCACACAUAGGAGAAUCCACACAGGAGAGAGGCCCUACCCAUGCUCUGAGUGUGGAAAAAUCUUCAGUCAGAGCUCACACCUUAUCACACAUCAGAGAAUCCACACAGGGGACACACCCUACACAUGCUCUGAGUGCGGAAAAAGUUUCAGUCAGAGCUCUGCCUUUAUCACACAUCAGAGAAUCCACACAGGAGAGAGGCCCUACACAUGCUCCGAGUGUGCGAAAAGCUUCAAUCGGAGCUCAAACCUUAUUAAACAUCAGAGAAUCCACAUGAGCGAGAACUGUAAUAAAUCCCUUGACUAGGGCUGGCCAAAGGGUAUGUCUACAUUAUGGGAUUAAUCCGAAUAUUCAGAAUUCGAAUUUUGGAAACAGAUUUUAUAAAGUCGAAUGUAUGCAGCCACACUAAGCACAUUAAUUCGGCAGUGUGCGUCCAUGUACCAGGGCUAGCGUCGAUUUCCGGAGCGUUGCACUGCGGGUAGUUAUCUCAUAGCUAUCGCAUAGUUCCCGCAGUCUCCCCCGCCCAUUGGAAUUCUGGGUUGAGAUCCAAGGGCCUGAUGGGGCAAAAAACAUUGUCACAGGUUUUUCUGGGUACAGCCUCACCCCUCCCUCCACGAAAGCCACGGCAGACAACCGCUUCGCACCUUUUUUCCUGGGUGAACACAGCAGAUGCCAUACCACGGCAAGCGUGGAGCCCGCUCAACUCAACACAGCAGUCAUGAACAUUGUAAACAACUUGCGCAUUAUCGUGCAGUUUAUGCUGAACUAGGACCAGAAAACGAGGCAAGGAGGAGGCAGCGCGGCGAUGAGUGUGAUAUGGACAUGG